CAGACAUUACAUCAGCCCCGGUUUUGAAAGGAUCCUCAAACCCCUCCUCAGUCUAUCCAAGUUUUGGUCCUUUCCCCCCUCCAAGAUAUAUAUAUCAUGAAGCUUAUUUCGAACGGACUCUAAACUUGAGUAUCUCUCUCACUUCUAUUUCCUGUCAAGGCUAGCGUCAAGCUGAAGCUGUUGGUUCCAUUUGAAGUCACCCAACCAUCCCAGGAGAGCCAUCAUGGUCAAAGUCAAUGUGGGAGGAUUCCCAACCAUCAACCUGGACACGUCGGCGCCAGAUGGCGUGCGACAGGCCAGAAACGACUUGAGGCGAAGGAUGCGAGGGGGCAACAGCGGCCGUCAGAUAAGUCUCAACUGGAACACCAAGGUGCCACGUCUGGUGAUAACGAGCGACACGGACGAGUUUGAUCCGACGACGGUGCAGCAUUUCCAACAGGAAGGAUUUCAGUUGGCAUAUCUAGCCUAUCAAGGCAACAAGUCGCAAUACAUGUCACAACUACAACACCUACAGGAUCCGCUGGAGCUAGGGGAAAAGUACGCAAUUGUGGCAUACGGCGAUGCAGCAACGUUGGUGCUGGAGGCGUGUAUGAAGCCCAUGCCCAAACUAGUCGCCGUCGUCGCCUAUUACCCGCCUUAUAUGCCGCGGACGACGACCAACUUCCCGCCAACGCUCGACGUGCAAAUCCACUUGACGGGGUCACAGAAGUUUGGUACCCGCCACCCUAACUAUCGCUAUCCGGACGUCAAGCCUGGAUUUGCCGAACAUGAUAUGGAGGAGUUCGACACGGUUGCAGCUGGUUUGGCUUGGUCUCGUGACAUUGCCAUGCUGCGACGCGCGUUUGACAUGCCUGAGUAUGAUCUGGAAGGACUGUGGGACGAUAAGGUGACUGCCCUAUUCCGGGACCAGGAUGCGGACAAGGCGAUGGACCUCAUGGUCCGAGACGAGCCCUAUGUCAAUCACGGGCCCACCAUGACGGGCGGCAGGGGUCAGGAUGAACUAAGGCGUUUCUACUCGGACUUCUUUGUUGAUAGCAACCCACCGGAUUUCAAGGUGAAGCUACUGUCGCGAACUCAGGGUGCCGACCGUGUGGUAGAUGAGAUGCUGGUCAAGUUCACCCACACUGUUGAGAUGCCAUGGAUGCUUCCUGGUGUGCCUCCGACAGAGAAACGAGUCGAGGUUGUUUUGAUCAGUGUAGUCAGUGUCCGCGGUGGCAGGCUAUAUCAAGAGCAUAUUCACUGGGAUCAAGCGUCGGUCCUUGUCCAGAUCGGCUUGCUAGAUCCAAAGCUGAUUCCAGACUCGUUCAAGACGGCGGAAGAAGGGCGCGAGAAAGAAGUCAAGCGGUUGCCUGUCCAUGGUAAGGAGGCCGGGAGGAAGAUUGCAGACGGAGAGAGAUAUGACAGCAAUCGAUUACUAUCUGGGUGGUAAUUUGUCGCGGCAGCACCCGAAUACGGGUUGGGAUGUUCCACGUUCGCUAGCAAUGUAUUGAUUUAUUCUGACCAUCAUGGCGUUCGGAUGCCGUGGUUAUAAAAAUCCAUGUCUG